CAUAGUUGGCAGUAUGUCUCGCCGCGUAAUCUGUCCUUGAAUCCCGUUUAUCAGUAGUGUUUUGAUUAUAAUACAACAGAUGAGCGAAAAAGCGCCGAGGCUUUCGCGAGCGUAUCGGCGUUUUGGCGCCAGUCUGCUUUGGAAUGGGCGGACGAAGAAUGCUUAAGGCCGCAGCUGUGCUGUUAGCCUUAGGAUACUGCAGCUUAUUAGUAUACCAAGGAGGAGUCAACUUCAACUUCCAAGAAAGUCGGGCAGGUGUUGUGCAAGUGGCCGAUCUAUCAAUUGAACCCAUUACUAAAACAAGUGUUGACGAUAUUGAACUAAACAAAAACAUUACCUUAAACGAUAUUUUUAUUAGUGUUAAAACAACUAAACAUUAUCAGUACACAAGAUUACCGAUCAUCUUGAAGACUUGGUUCCAGUUAGCAAAAGAACAGACAUGGUUCUUCACGGACACAGAAACGAAACAACAUCAAAAUCAGACAAAUGGCCACAUGGUGAAUACAAAUUGCUCUGCGUCGCACCAACGUAAACAUUUAUGCUGCAAAAUGUCCGUUGAAUAUGACCGGUUUCUCGAGAGUGGUAAAAAAUGGUUCUGUCACUUUGACGACGACAACUACGUAAAUGUCCCUCGUUUGGUGAGCGUGCUACAAACCUACAAGCACCAAGAAGAUUGGUAUCUAGGCAGAACGUCUGUUUACGAGCCGGUCAAAAUAUACAAGAAACCAACGAAUAAGUUGAUGUUUUCGUUUUGGUUCGCCACCGGCGGCGCUGGAUUCUGCAUAAGCAGAAGUUUAGCUCUUAAAAUGCUACCUGUUGCAAGCGGUGGAAGAUUUAUAAGUAUUUGUGAAGGCAUACGGUUACCGGAUGACGUUUCUGUAGGAUUUAUUAUAGAGCAUCUAAUGAAGAAGAAUUUGACUCUGGUCCCGGAGUUUCAUUCUCACUUGGAGCAGAUGAAACUUCUUCCGCCGGAGACAUUUAGGGAUCAGAUCUCCUUUAGCUAUUCCAAAGCGAAGGACGAAUGGAAUGUCGUGAACGUUCCUGGAUUUGACACUAGAUACGAUCCUACGAGGUUCCUAUCGCUGCACUGUUUCCUCUUCCCCCACUUUAAGUUUUGCCCGAGAUAACACAAGUGGACGCAACUUUUUAAUGAUAUUCUUUAAGUUGUUACUUUUUACUUCAUUGUGAUCCUUUCUUAGUUGUGAGUGCAAUAGAUUAAAUUUGCAUAGAUAUUUUAUUGUUGUCUGGGAUAUCAAAAUUAGACCUUGUCGGAGUUUAUAAAAACAAACGCAGGUGUUCCAAAUUUCUGAUGUUCAAGUUCAAAACACAAAUAUCACAUAGUUUUAAAAUACAAACCUGCAAUUUUUAUUCCUGAAUAAUGUCUACAUACAUGUAUGCUCAGUAAUUUUUUAUGUUAGUAUGUUCUUUAAGUUUUUACUACAUGCGUUACUUUUUAAUACGUGCCUAUCUGAUAAAGACAAUUUUAAUUUUAGGUUGUGAUAAAUAUUCACUGUGGCUUUAUUGAUUCUAUAAUGUAAAGAACAUAGUACUAAUUAGUAUAUUUAAUUUUGUUUAAAAAAAUGUGUAUUUAAACAUUUAACUAAUCGUAAUUUGAUAAUAACUUUAAUUUAAAUCUGUGAUAUUAGAAUAUCAAAAAUGUAGUUACAAAUAAUUAUGUAUUGUAAAAAUAGAUGUUGUGUAUAUUUAAAAAUUUUCAAGUCAAAACGUUAUGACAAUAUUGUUUGUGUAUAGAGUUGUUUA